GAGAGAUGGCUAUAUUCUUCAAGCUCACGACUAUUCUCUCUCUAACUAUUCUUCUUCUUCUCCAAGCAUGUCACUCUCCAAUGGCGUCCUCAAUAGAUGAUAUUCUAGAUCAUCAAGAAGAAGAUGAUAUGGUAGAGUACGUACUCGACAACCCGGUUCCGAAUUCGGGAUCGAGGAGCCGGUUUUUAGGGAGUAGUGGUGUGAUAAAGAAAGGAACUCGUUGCAAUGCCAUGAAGUACAAUGUGUGCAAUGGGGUUUGGGCGAACAAAGGGACAAGCCUCCUCAACUGCUGCAAAAGCCAUUGCAGGAAUGUUCUUGGUGAUAAGAACAACUGCGGGAGAUGUGGGAACAAGUGCAAGUUCGGAGAGCGGUGUUGCAAUGGAAGUUGUACAAACGUUUUGAGCAAUUCUAAUCACUGUGGAAAAUGUGAUAGGAAAUGCAAACAUGGGGUUGGAUGCCAGUAUGGAUUCUGUGGUUAUGCAUAA